AUGGCACAAAAUCUUCUUCGUCCAUUAACCUCUUUUCGAGGUAUUAAUUCAUUAGCUGGAUCAAUGCGUGCAUAUUCAGUUAUGUAUACUGCACAUUGUACAGCAACUGGCGGUCGUGAUGGUCGCGCUAAAUGUGAUGAUGAUCCAGCACAUUUAGAUGUAAAAUUAGUUAGACCAAAAGAAAUGGGUGGUACUGGUGGUGAUGGAACUAAUCCUGAAGAAUUAUUUGCUGCUGGUUAUAGUGGUUGCUUUUUAGGUGCAAUGGGUUUAGCAGCAAAAAAUCUUCAUAAAACAUUACCUAAAACAACAACUGUUACUGCAUCCGUUAGUAUUGGUAAACAUGGCAAUGGUAAUUUAGGUUUAAAAGUUGAUUUAACUGCUAAAUUACCAGGAGCUACACAAGCUGAUGCUGAUGCGAUUGUUAAAGCAGCACAUCAAAUUUGUCCUUACUCUCAUGCAACACGUAAUAAUGUUGAUGUUAAACUCAAGGCUACAACAUAA